AUGAAAAUAUGUAAAGAAAUUAAAUUUUUAUUGGAAAUAUUUGUAUUUUUUUGUUUCUUUUUUAAAUAUGAAUUUACUAGAGGUUCAUAUAAAACAAAAGGCUACCCUCUAAUACAUAUGAUAUAUAACAAUGCAUCUAUUGGUUCUAGUAGUUACUCACUUAAAAAUAAUAUAAUAAAUUUAUUGUUUCUAUAUGAAAAUAUAAAAUUUAGAGAAAAUUCUUUAACAAUUGAUAAUUUAGCAGAUAUGAAAGAUGAAACAAAAAUAGAAAGAUUAGUUAGAGAAAAAGUUCAAUAUAUUAAUAAAUAUGUAAAUAAGCGCCAAUUAAUUAAAUUUUCAGGUAUUAUCUAUUUAUAUGAAAUAAUAAAUGGAAAUAAUUUUUACUUUUUAAUGCAUUUUAUUAUGGCAAAUAAUAAUAAUGGGUUAGUAAUAAUAUUACCAAAUAAUCCAUAUAUAGACAUUAAUGAAUUUCUUAGAAUAAACAAAAUAAGUAAAGAUGAUCAUAUCACCGAGGAAAAAUUAGAAAAAAGAAUUAUUUUCAUUCAAAAAUUAUUACUAAAUUUAAAAUUAAACCAAUCUAUAUAUUUUAUAGAAGAUGAUAGCGAAAUAAAAAAGAUUUAUGAAAAUUACAAAAGUAAAUUUGGAUAUUUUGAUUUAACUAGAAAUGCGAGUGUUCAAUUUUCUAAAAGCCAACAUAUUUAUAAAUUGAAUUCUAAGAGUUUAUUUUUUUUUUUAAGUAAAGAUAACAUUCAUAUUGAUUCUAUAUUUAACAAACAAGAAAAUAGUGAAACAUUUAUUUUAACAAAAAAAAAAACAAUUAUUAUUUGUAUUGACUAUAAUAUAUUUAAUAUAAUAAGUGACUUUUCUUUGAAAAGUACAUCAAUAAAUUCAUCGAUUAUUGUAAUCAAUCAAUUAAUUAAAUUAUUUUCUGAUGUUUAUAAUAAUGAAGAAGUAAAUUAUAAUUUAUUAUUUUUUUUUACAAAUUACUAUUAUGGUAUAGAAUACUUUGUCGAUAAUGUCAACUCUGUAUUUAAAGACAGUAUAGAAUUUGUUCUUUGUUUAGAAAAUUUAAAUGAAUCUGAUUUCUAUAUUUACGAAACUAACAAAUCUCAACCUCCGCAUAUAUUACGUUUCUAUGACAUAUUAAAAGAAACAAUAAAAAUUAAUUUAAAAAAAGAAUUAAAAAUAGAAACUCAGAAAAUAAAAAUUCACAAUAAGCAUUUGCCUAAAAUUCAUGAAUAUUUUGUAUUAAAAAAUCUUACUAGUUUUUCCUUGAGUUCAGAAAAUAGAACAGCUACAUUUCUUAACAGAACACCUAUAAUAGAACAAAAGUUAAAAAAGGAAAAUAUAAAGAAUCAUAUAAAAAAUAUAUUUGAAUCCAUUUAUAUUUAUAUAAAGGAUUACAAAGAAAAAUUAGAUGAAGAAAAUAUUAAAAAUAAGUUUUCGCAUUAUGCCAACUUGAUUAAUUUUGAUGAUAUAAUUGAUCUAAAUGAAAACCUUAAUAAAUAUAAUAAAUUUUUUAUUUAUAAAGAUGAUAUAGGAAAAUUAUUUGAUUACUUUAAAAGUGUAAUGAAUCAGUAUAUUAACGAUUCUAAUUUUAUGAUAAAAGAUUACAAAAUACCACAUGAUAAAAAACAAAAAUAUUUUUAUCAAAGAUAUGUUAAUAUUACUUUUUCAAUGGCUAUAUCAUAUAUUUUUCAUUAUAUGCAUUUUCUUUUUGUCUUGCUAUUUUUAUUUAUUUUAUAUAUUUUUGUAAAUUUUUAUUUAGGACCUUUGUGCUAA